UGUGACUUUCGUUUUAGAAACUAACUUACCAAAAUGUUGGUUAAAAUAUUUGUCUUAAAUAUUGGAAGAAACUCUAGCAUGCCUUUACUAUUUCAACUGUUUGCUAUAGCGACAGUUCUAUAUUUGAGUUCAAGUUGCGACGUGGACAUUAAAUUUGUAAGAGAGGACAUCUUUUCUAAUUUACGUUUUACGGAGGGCAAAAUUGAUACUCAUGCUGGAGUGAAAAAUCAAGCCAUGUGCGCUGUAAGAUGUGACAGGGAUCCUGACUGUGUGUCGUUCUUUUCAAGACUAAUUCUGGCAUCUGCCAGAUUAAUUCUGUGAUUUACCUUUCAACAGCUGGAUCACUAGGCGACGAAGGAUUUAUAUACUUCAGGAAAGAAAUGGAGUGUCCUGCACCACUGUCAGUACCAAACUCUCAACCCCAGUUUGACGUCAACUCUCCUCCUAACGCCAUAGGCUCAGUACUGCAGUACGCUUGUAAUAAUGGAAGCUUACCAAAGGGGAGUGUCAGAUGUCAAGUAGAUGGCACGUGGACUCAAAUGUCCUGCAUCAAAUAUUGCCUCAGUCCUCCUGUCAUUCCAAAUAGUAAUCAACUAUUUAACGCAUCAACCACCCCUAGAUCUGAGGGAACGUCCUUGCAGUAUGAAUGUCAUUCUGGAUUUGUGCCUCAAAAUAAUGUUACAGCUAUCACAUGCGAAAACAAUUCUGAAUGGACAAACAUAGUUUGUAAACGACCAGACUGCCCGAGUCCUCCUAUCAUAGCAAACAGCAAUGAACUGUUUAACCGAUCAACAGUUUCCACAGUGUAUAGAGCUACUUUACAAUAUGGAUGUAAUACAGGAUUUGUUGCUGAAAAUGGUGUCGAAAACAUCACUUGUGAUCUAGGCGCGUCAUGGACAACUAUGCCUUGUAAACGUCCAGAUUGCCCCAGCCCUCCUUCCUUUACAAACAGCAAUAAACUAUUUAACCCAUCAACAGUUUCCACAGCGUACGGAGAAACCUUACAAUAUGAAUGUAGACACGGGUUUGCAGCUACAAAUGGCGUCACAGCCAUCACCUGUGGUGUAGACGCUACAUGGACAAGUAUAGAUUGUAAAGAAAACUGCACCAGUCCUCCUCCUACCUUUACAAACAGUGAUCCACUAUUUGACCCACUGACAACGUCGACAGUAUACGGCACCAUCUUGAAGUACCGGUGUAAACCGGGCUUUAAACCUAAAAAUGGCAUUAGCUCGAUCACGUGUCAGCUUGGCGCCACGUGGACAAACAUAGCUUGCAGCUUAAUCCGAUCAUGUUCUGAAGUGAAGGCGUGUAACAAUGGGUACGGUGAUGAUGACUACUGGAUUUACCCGCCUGCUUAUGAAAAUGCUAAAGCGAGGAUCUUCUGUCACGGCAUGCUCACUGGCUUACCCACCGAAUUUGUGUCUCUGGUGAGGGUUAACGAUGGAAAAACACCAAGCAAGAGCAACGAAAACUGUCGUGGAGAGAAACUUGAAACUGACAUUCUGUAUGGAGAGACUAACUUCCACAAAAUUCGAGUUAAUAUUCAGAAUAUGGAAGUGAACCGAACAGACUCAACAUAUACGAAAACAUACAGCGGGACAGUUCGGCCUUACGGUGAAGCAUACGAUAAAUACGCAUCACAUACUGAUGGCUGCAAACGAUUUUGUGGACCAGUAGGAUAUUUUCAUAUUAACAUGGAUGGAAUCGGACUAAUUGUCGAUAGAUCGCUGACGUUUCCUGUGUAUGGUACGAAUUCCUGGGGUGAGAUGAACCGCUACGCAAAUGGAACUAGGAUCGACCUAGUCUGUGGAGGAUUUCCUGGCGGUUGUAGACCAAAAGGACCGAUGAUGUUACGCCUCGAAGGAUUAGACACAGACAGUAACAGCGAACCUAACUCUGGAAACGAUACAGAUGCCAACAUGGAGGAUGGAGGAAGAUGUUCCUGCAAACAACCCAGUGCCAGAACGUGCCAGGCUUGCUGCAGGAAAAGCUGCCAGAGAUAGAUUAAUGAACAAUUACUUUCACUGAACAUUCCUUAAGUUAAAUAAACAUUACAUUGUUGAUUGAUUAUUACUUUCUUGUACUGAAUAAAGUGACCAUGGAACGACAUAAAUGGUUCAUAUUCUUUAUUAAUUAAUACAAUUAAAAAUCCAAUAAAAAAAACUUACAGAAAAACCUUCCCAAAACAAAACCUAACAAAACAAAUGUGUGUAUACAUGUUCCUAACAUGUUGCUCAUUAAUGAAGUAAGUGUAAAAAGAAAAAAAGUACUAAAAAUAGUGUGUGGUGUGCAUAAGAACGUCCUACAAAUAAGUAAAUUAAUUGAUUGUAUUUUUCAGUGACAAAUAAGUAAAUUAAUUGAUUGUAUUUUUCAGUUAAAAAUUUAAUUGUCUAACUUAUCUUCCUUUUCAAAUUUUUUAAUUUCUAUUAAAUGUUUUUUGUUUUUGUUAUUGUAAAAAAAAUAGUCAUGGCCUUGUUUUGUUCUAUCUCACUUUUCAAAUAUUCAUCAAAGAGAUCAUUCUCAUUAUCUUCCAGCUCUUUCUACACCAAUAACUUUCUUUUCGAUUUUUAAUUUUUUUUUUUGCCUUUGAUUUUGUUAUUAAUAUUUUUUAAGUGGUGGUGAUGCUGAUUAUUUUGCUUCAACUGUUGUACUUUCAUUUACAAUAGCAGCUACUACAUUAUAAUCUGCCUGACACAGUGUAUUAAUGUGGCCAGCUGAGGAAGCUGGUCUUUUUCUUUCUUUUUUUCACCACCAAAUAUACAGCAUACAUAAAGCAAAUAAUAAACAUACAUAUAAGAGAAGCAUACAUAAAUAAAAAAACACCCCAAAAAACAAACAUGUUAUAAUAAUGGUCUCCCAUUUAUAUAUACUAGUAUAUAUCAAUAUAUUUCCUGUGGAAAAGAAAAAAGGUAUAUACCGAUGAUCAACUUGUAAUUAGUUAUAAACUAAAAACAUAUACAAUAAUAUAUAUUUUAUACAAUUAAUUUUGUCCAAAUAUUCAAUUUUUCCUCAAAUUUAGUUGUCCUGUUAUUUAUUGUAGCAUUAUAUUUAUCUAUAUAAUAAUACAUGUUCAGAUUGUUCUGGAAUCCAGUUAACGUUAGUUUUUGACUUUUGCAUUUUUACUUAUAUAUGUAUUGUUUCGCAAUUAGAAGUAUUAAAUUGACAAUAUUAUCUUUUUUAGAAUAAUUAGGAUUGCCUAAAAUAAUUGUUUGUGCAUUUAUUUGGAGUCUAAUUUUAGUUUUCAAGAAUAUCCAGUUUACAACAGUAUUCCAGAAUGCUUGAACAUGUUUACAUAACCAAAAAAGGUGCAUUAAAUCUUCACCAAACGUAUGACAAAAUUCACAUUUAUCUCAUUUUUUAAUACCAUAUAUAACCAAAUGCUUAUUUGUUGUUAAAAUAAAUAAAAAUAUCUUGUAUUGAAAGUAACGGAGCCCUGUGUCGGUGGUUAGCUUGAUAGGGAUAAGAUAUACAUUUUCCCACCAUUUGUCACAGAGGUCAAUAUCAAAAAUAUGAUUCCAUUUUAUUUGUGCGUUUGUUUUGUAUUUAGAUGUGUGUUCAUUUAUGCACUGUUUGUAGAAAUUUUUACAAACGUUUGUUUUAAGAAGUUCUUUCAAACAAUUAGGUAUUAUUGGCAUUUGUAAUGUUACUAAUUCUGGUCUUGGGCUAGUGUGGGUUGCCACUGAAUUUUCAGGGUACUCCUUUGAGCAAUGUGGUUUGGGUUUCGAGGAAGCAGAACCUGAAAAUAUCAUAUUUGUUUUGUAAACUGCAAAACGAUUAUUGAUUUCUUCAAGGUAUACAAUUUCUUAUAAUGUUUCUGUUCCAAGGGAAAUAAUAUUAUUUUGUAAAUGAAUGAAUGAAUGAAUGAAUGAAUGAAUGUUUAACGACACCCCAGCACGAAAAAUACAUCGGCUAUUGGGUG